AACCAAUCAAACACAACAAAAACAUUCUGCUCCGAAUGCUAUGUCGUCUAUAUUUAGAUUCAGCAAGAAGUAUUCCAAAGUAUACGUCUUAACGAAAAUGUGAAGAAUUAAAAACAGAAAUCCAUUGAAAUUAUUUAGAGAUGCAAGAAAAUGAUAUUUUUACUACAUAUCAAACCCAAUGGCUGAGGUGAUGUUCAGCUUGAUACAAAUAUGAAAACAAAAGAAGUUAAGGUCGAGGAUGGAGAGCCGAAAGAAACGGAAGAAACAACAAGUGAUGAAAAGUUUUCAAAAACUAAAAAACAAAAUAAGAAGUGUAAGAAGAUUGUGGAUGUACAAGACAUAGAUGACGUCAAUAUGAAAACUGAUGAAAAUUUUGUGAUUGAAAGUGAGGUUAAGAAUGCAGAUGAUGCUGUGGAUGGUUCAGUCACUAAUCAUCAAGUUGAAGUUCAGGAUGGAGUUUUAGAGGAGAAAGGUAGCUCUGACGCAAAAUCUGAAGAUGUACAUCUUAUCCAGAAUUCUCCGAAGAAAAGGAUAAACGAUGAUAUUAAUUCAUCAGAGCUUAGAGUCGAAAUAGUACCUAUUGAAAAUUCUGCAGCAGAAACAUCUUCAGUGGAAAAUGUAGAACCUCCACACCCUACCCCAACAAAUUUUCCUGAGUUCAUUAAGUCAAAACGUACACCAAAGAAAAGAAAGUUCCAUGAUGAUGAUGUCCCAUUAAAGCCAUUGCCAAAACCAAAACCCCGUAAGAAAACCCCAGGAAGAAAAAGCCUUACAGAUGGCAUUAACAAAUCAGAAAUCAAAACUGCUUCGGAUCCUGUUCCUACCCCUUUAGAAACUUUAGCCAAGGUUGCAGAGGAAAUGGCUGUCUUGGAAGGUAUUGUGAAUGACAGUAUUGAAAAUAAUAAAUUAGAGAAUCAUGUGGACAAUGAUAAAAACAUGGAAGACAAUUCUGAAGUUCCGCCUGGUAGUAAAGUUUCGAGUGGAAAGAAAAAGAAAAGAGUACGAAAGAAGAAAGAACCAAUUUCGGAAAACAAUGCAAGUCAAGAAAGUGUGAAUGCCAAUGGUGACAUUGGCAAGGAAGAAAGUCCUGAAAAACCUAAGAAGGAAAAGCCAACAAAAGCGAAAAAAUCCAAGAAAAAAGUAGAACCGGUAGUUGCUUCUCCUGAAGAAAAGGAACCAAUUAAUGAUGAAGCUCAAGUUGAACCUAAACCUAAACCACCCAAACUACCUAAACCACCAAAAGCCACGAAAACCAAGAAAAGAAAAAGCAAUGAACAUUUAAAUAAUGAACUUCCGCUUGAACCUUCCAUUCCCACUGAAGAAGCAAGUAGUAGUAAAGAAACAACUGAAACACCAGAACUCAAAGAAUCACAAGUUGAGGGGGAACCCAAACCUAAAAAGAAAAAGAAACCUAAGAAGCAAAAUGAAGAAAAGUCGCCCGGUAAAGAAAAGUCACCUGGUAAAGAGAAACCACAUGGUAAAGAGAAAUCUCCAGUUAAAGAUAAUUCUGAAGAGGGAACUUCACCAAGUAAAGAGCUUGAAGAACAUAAAGAAGAGAAAGGUGAAGAAAAGAGGAUUAAGCCUAAAAAAUGUAAACUAAACAUUGUUUCAGGUGAUGCACUAGAAAAACAAAUGGAAGAGACAUUUGACUUUGUUAUAAAUCACUUAGUGAUAGAAAAUGGUGUCUCAGACUCUCAUAGUGAUGAGGAUGUGAAAGAGGGGACAUCUGGGUCGGCUGCUGAAGUUGACAAAAGUACUGCUGACAUGGACACUGCUGCACAAGUUACAAAAUCAGCUUCAGAUUCACCAAACAUAAAUGGACCACAGACAGGAAUAGCUGUCGAAAAUGGUAAAAAUAAAAACAGAAAACCACAUCCUGUGUUAGCCUGUCCUCGGUGUGAAGUUAAACUAAAAGGAAAGUCAUCAUUAAGUAGACAUUUACGUAACGUUCAUCAGGAGACAUUGCCAGAUAAUAUUUAUAAGUGUGAAAAAUGUGACUAUGCUACAAGUAAACACGCCCUUUUAGGCAAACACGCGAUCACACAUGGCAUCUAUAUGUGCAUCAAGUGUAAUUUUGAGGCAGACAAUAAAGAAGUGUUAAAUGAACAUCUUCGUGAAGUGCACAAUCUGAAAGAAAAAAGUGAUAUGAGGUUGUGUAAGAAGUGCUAUAGAUAUAUUAAAUGUGAAGACAUUUCUAUAGAAAAACAUUUUGAAGACUGUCAGGGUAAGGUGCCAUUUAAAUGCCAAGAGUGUGCUAAAGAAUUUACGUAUGAAUCAGCAUUAAAAGUGCAUUUAACAACUCACUUUCCCGAUCAGCCUAAAAGACAUGGCUGUGACAAAUGUAGUUACACCACAAACUAUCGCGCUAAUCUUGUUAAACAUGAAUUCAAUAAACAUUCAGAAAAAGAGAGAAAUAAAAAGUGUACUUUAUGUGAAAAAAUGUUUUAUACUGAUGAAAAACUACGAAUACACAUUAAUCGUCACACGGAUGAGAGACCUCAUAAAUGCACUAAAUGUGAAAAAGUCUUUAAAUCUAAAUCAAGUUUACGAGGACAUCAAGCCACACACGAAAAACAAAAAGUGCAUAAAUGUGACAUUGAAGAUUGCCAAAAAGUAUUUAGGGUUGCUCGGUUGUUACGCAUUCACAAGAAAGAGGCACAUCGCCUCGGUGAGAAGAAAUUUCACUGUUCUGUGGAGGGAUGCAGUUUCUCAUUCUUCAAACUUUGUCAUUUUAAGCGUCAUUUUAUAACUCAUACAGGUGAGAGGAACUAUCAUUGUAAAUUUGAAGGCUGUGGAAAAUCUUUUCGUCAUGCUGACAAUCUAAGGGUACAUAAAAGGCAGCAUACAAAUGAAAAACCUGUGCAAUGUGAUCAGUGUGACUUUGCGUGUCGUCAAAAAAGCUCAUUAUACUACCAUAAUAAACGUCAUCACAAUAUAAUAGGUAGCGGUACCACUAAAAAAUCAAUUAAAUCCUCAGAUUCAGUUACGAAAACUAAUGACAAUGCUAAUCAAAAUAAAGAGGAGAAUAUCGGAAAUCAUGAAUCGGAAUGUAAGAAGGAAAAAGAUACAAAUCUGUUACUGGAAUACAUAAAUAAAAACCCAGUUGAAGAUUUAUAUGAAUUCAAAUCGGAUGGUGAGUCUGCUGAUGACAAGCCAGUGGUCUUCAGGAGGGAAAAUUUCAAAGAUAAAGACUUAAUCAGCAGCCUACCUCUUCCAAAGGUUACUCAAGAUCUUCCACCUAUUAUCGAAAAAUCAAAAACAAAAAAGUCAACCGUUAAGAAAGAACCUAAAGCACCAAAGAAAGGAUCAAAAUCACCUAAAAAGAAAAAAGAACCCAAAGUAGAGAAAGAACAAACAGAAGAGGGUGAACCAAAAGUUGAGAAGGUGUUAAAAUCAGGUAAAGACUCAGAAAAAUCAACACCUGAAAAGAAGAGUAAAAAAUCUACCAAGAACAAGAAAUCUAAAAAGGUUCUGAAGAAAGCUGCUGUAGUAGAUAAGUCUGAAAGUGAAACAGAAACAGAAGUUGCAGAGGCCAAACCAACAACUUCAAAGAAAAGGACAGUGUCUCCAAAAAAGGGUGUUGGUAAGAAACCUUCAACCAAAGCUAAAAAAUCACCAUCUUCUACCAGAAAUCUUCGUAAUAGGAAACCUUCUCCCAUCGCAAAAACGAAGAAAAAAGCACCUCCAAAACAGAAAGCUCUGAAGAAGAAAACAGCCACCAAGGCCAAAAAAGGCAAAAAGAAACCUGUUCCAAAGUCAGAUUCAGAGACAGAACAUGAAGACAAUACAGAGGAGAUAGAAGAAGAUGACAGACAACAACAUAAUGGAGAUGUCAUCGAUACAAAUAAAAGUAAGGAAGAUGGUUUUUCACCAGAAAGUCCUACAAUAAAUUACAGUGAUGCCAAUAGUCAGGCUGAAUCUUACGACCAACCAGCAAAUUUAAAUGAUGAUAAUCCUGCUGAAACAUCUAGGACAGACUUUUCUCCCUUCAAUUCUGGAAGUAUCCCAGCUGAAGCUGAGAAUGAUAAUGCUAUGAUGGGUAUGCCAGAAGAUAAAGAAGAUCAUCAUAGUGUAAGGUCACCAUCUCCAUAUGGCGGUAUGAGUGAUGACUUGUCAGCAUCAUUGUCUCCUCCCAGAGCACCAGCACCACCACCCCCUCCAGAUGAAGAUGAUGAAGAAUUGGGUUCACCACCUGAGAUAAUGGAACACUUGAACCAAGAAAUACAGGAUCAUGGUUCUGUUGGAGAUUCAAAUUUAACACACACCCUUCCAAGAACACCACAAAUGCCAGAUGCAAUGGCUAGAGACAGUAUUGAAAAUCCUCCAGGCAACAUUGAAACAUCUCCAGCUAUGUCAGCACCGGGUUCGGUUCAGGCACCUGGUUCUGUUGCUGGACCGGGUUCAGUUCAAGGCCCAGGAUCAGUUCAAGGACCUGGAUCAGUUCAACCACCAGGUUCCGUUCAACAACCAGGCUCAGUACAGCCACCAGGAUCUGUUCAUGGUCCUAACUCUGUUCAAGGAUCCAUGCUCAGUCCAGAAUCUGCACAACCACAGUUUAUGCCAGGAGAAUCUGAAUCAGAGAAAGAUCUUAUUGGUCAAUAUUUGCAAGAUCUCAAUGUCCAUAAUCCAAAUAGUAGAUCACCUGUACCAGAGGAAACUAACAGAUUACAAAGGUUAGAGGAAUUAGCUGAAAAACCACAUGAUUUUAGUCGCUACCCACCCAAACCACCCUCUGCAUCUUUGAUAUUACCUUCAGGUUUACAACCUGGUGUUGUGGACAUGUCUCACAGAAGGAUGGAAAUAUUAGCAACGGAUCGUCAACAUGAAGGACAUUUUGUUAGAGAUACUGCUUCUGCUUUGCCUAGAUUGCCAGAUACAUCAUUUGAUAGUUUCUCUGCUAUAAAUUCUUUACAUAGUGCUUCAAGAGAAAACAAUUUAUUGCGUCCUACCGAGGCUCCACUAUCUUUUGGUACACCUAGUGCAGCGCCUAGUUUUAUGAGACUUAGUGAAACUGAUGCAAUUUUACAGAGACAACGGAUGUCUACUCCAUUCCUACCGCCCCCAGGAGUUCCCCAGUCUGAUAGAACUUUAGGUAGAAUCCCAGACCCAACAUUAAGACCUCCUAACCCAUCCUUAUUACGGCAAGCGCCAAUGGGAAGAGAAGACAUGUUUAUGCCUCCCACUGUUCCAGGAACUAUGCCAAGGAAUUCUCUGUAUAAUACUUGGUCAAGUCAAGAUGUACGACCACCUCAUUGGCCACAAACACCAUACUUGCAGCGUCCAUUAGAUAGGCAAAGUAAUGCAACUCCUGCUCCUUUUUUCGCGAAAGAUAACUACCUCUCAAGCCGUGACUUUAUGUUUGAUCCUUCUAGGACCAUGAGUGAAAGAAAUAUGUUCGCAAGUUUAUCCUCUCCACAACCACAACGUGAAAUAACUAGUGAAACUUUCCCAACGUUAGAUAGAUUUGAAUUGAGUAACUAUUUCAGCAGCCAUCCAUACUCAGGAACAACUUCGUUAGACUAUAGUCGCACGGCUUGUGGAACUGCUCAGAAAGCAUUUGACGAACGCUAUAGACAAACAGCAGCAGCUGGGAUGGGUGAUUUCAGGACCUUGCCUCCCACCUCAUCUUCAGAUAUGUUUAGUGGUAUUGGUGUGAACAGUGUCAGUGGGUUCAAUUUAGACAAAUUUUAUCCUAGGGAUGCAAUGUAUCAUCCACAACACAUGACAGAAAAUACAAAUAGUGCUUUUCUCUCUCACCCGACCCCUACACAACAUUCUGUGUUCGAACGGGACUACACUCAUAGACCGUUAUAUACUCCUCAAAAUAGCCCCUACCCUUUUAUUGAUGAACGUCAGUAUCCCUCGGCAGCCAAAUUGUCUCAUUCUACAGCACCAUCUAUGUCACAAGAUAUCAUGAGUCGUUCAGCACCAACAGAUAAUCAAGUUCAAGAUCCUUAUAGAUGUGGAGUUCUGUAUAAUGUUAUGAACCGAUAUUAAGUUAAUUUAUGUAUAUAUAUAUAUUAUCCGUCUUUUAAGUUUUCAAUUAAUUCAUUACGCAAUGUUUUGACUACAAGUACAUAUUGUUUAUAUAUAUAUGUCUAUGUACAUGUAGAUAAGAUUGUUCAUUACGUAAUCAGAUCAUCUUAAUCAUUUUUUUAGAAUGAAAUCUUUUUU